AUGACAAUAGCCAACCAAGACGAAUCCAGGAAGCUCACAGUCGAGGUGUAUGAUGAGUGCAAGAACAAGCUCUCCUUGCACCAAAUGUGUCUUGAUAUGAUUGCCUUCUCCAGUCCCAAAGGUUCGCCAUCAUACAACAAGCUACAGAAAGUCUUGGGACAGGCCAAGUCCUACAAGGUCAAGUUGGGAGGAGUGAUCUUCCGAGACAACGAAGCCAACAUUGAAAACAUGCUGAAAGGUUAUGGUUUGAAUGCCAGCACACCUGAGGAUCCUCCUGAAACUGUUCUGCAUGUCCAAUCUGAUUACACUUUCUGCAGGGACUGCACCACCGUUCCACGCAUCUUUAUUCAGACAGAGCAAUUGGAUGCUGUUGGUGAGGGGAAGCUGCGCAAGAAUUUAAGGCCAUGUCAUGAUCAAGAAUUGUGUGUUAUCUGGGAAUACUCAGACUUUCAUUAUCAUUGGAUGAAAGACAAGGGUGUGCAUGAUUCCGUCAUGCUAUUACCCAUGAUGCAUCAAUCCCGACUGGGCGAUCCUAAGUACAUGCGACCACUCACCAAUCGAUCCCUUGAAGUCGUCUUCUUUGGGGAACUAAAGGCACGUCGAAUACCACUGAUAGAAAGUUUCCAAAAUACCCUCUCCAAUGUCAGAAUGGAAAAAUCCAAAGCUGUCGCACACAUUAAGAGGUCCUAUGCAGAUGGCAAAGUAUGCUUGAUCACCCAUGGGUAUGGUGCCACUGCAGCAGGAGAGACCCAUCGACUAUCAGAAAUGGGUCGUUUUGGCUGUAUCCCAGUCGUGGAAACAUGGUCUGAUCAGCAGUUUUUGGAGCCCUACAAGAAAUGUGGAGACGUUGUCUUUGCAGACUACGACAAUUUAUUGAAUGCAACACGAGCAGUUCUGGCAACCAUCAACGACAAGGAUGACCAACUGGCUAAGCGUGUGGACUGGUGGCGUGAUGGUGUACAUUGGGAAUCUGUACUGACAACGGUUUAUGGGACAGCUCCGUCUGCUGCAUUGAAACGGCGCCUGUAA